AUGAAUAUCAGUAACGUGGCCCACUCGUUAUUAUCAGAAGAACUAGAUUUAAAUAAUAUUAAUAAUAAUAAUAACACUAGCAACGGUUUUUCUGAUCUAUCGUAUGAUGAUGAGGUAACAAAUACAGUUAAAAAUUAUAAAGUGUAUGAUACAACGUUGUUCGAUGUUCUCAAAGUUGAUCCUGAAGAUUUUGCGUCUCAAAUCACGCUCUUGGAUCUUCCCGUAUUCAAAGCAAUCACGCCAGAUGAAAUGACUAGUUGUGGUUGGAAUUCAAAAGCAAAACUUGAAAAAGCAUAUCAUAUUGUACAAUUCACUAGACGAUUUAAUCAAGUCAAUUUUUGGGUACAAGGAGAACUACUACGGGCUGAUAUUUUAAAAAAUCGUACAGAGAUUUUAUCACAUUUCAUCAGAAUAGCCAAAAAAUUAUUUCACCAAAAUAAUAAUAUCAAUGGAUGUAUGGCUGUUGUUAUGGCGCUACAAAGUGCUCCAAUUUAUAGAUUACAAAAAACGUGGGCCGGUUUAAGUAAACGAGAUCGAACAACAUUUUCAUAUCUUAAAGAAUUUGUAUCAUCAAAUGAAAAUUGGAAAAAACUUCGGCAUCAUUUAUCAAACACAAAACUCCCAUGUAUACCGUAUUUAGGCAUAUUUUUAACUGAUAUAAUACGAAUUGAUACAUUACAUCCACAUAGUGGUGGUUUAGAGACUAGUCAAAGAAAAAAUGCUAUGAAUAACAUAUGUCGAAUGAUAUCAGAAUUUCAGCAAUCUAAUUAUGAUUUUCUAAAACCAUUGGAUUAUGUACAAAAUUAUUUACUAUCUGUAAGAUAUAUGGAAGAAUUACAAACAUUUAUAGAAGAUUCUAACUUUAAACAGUCGAUAGUACUUGAACCAGAAUUUAUUGACAUUAAUGAUCAUUACACAACAGAAAAAUCGUUAAAGAAUCUUGAAAAAUCAGCAUCACUUAAAGUAUCUAUCGAAAAUAAUAGUAAUCAAAAUACAUGUCAUCGUCGAACAUUGAGCGAUUACAAAGAUACAAUGCAUCUAACAUUAUCAUCAAAAUCUGCCACAUUACCAUGUAGGAUGCAUGAAAAAAAAAGUCUUCUUGAUGAUAGUGUUUUAUCUGAUUGUGUUACAGAAGAAACUCGUUCAAGUAGUGAUUCAAAUGACUCAUGUGAACAAGCUAUUAAAAAAGCAAAGGCUGCUAUUAAACUGUCAAAACAACAUCAUCAUCAUACAACUGCUUUGUCUAUCUCACUGUCAUCAUUAUCAAUGAAAGAACCAUUAAAUCCACUGAAUGAUAUUCUAAUACAAAAUAAUUUUAAUUUUGAAGGAUGUUUACAACGAAAAUGUUUAUUAAAAAAUUAUAAAAAACCAACAUUAACAACAUGGCAUAAAUAUUGGGUAGCCAUUUGUGAACAUUUACUAUUUUUCUAUAAACCAAAACGUUUUACAUUACAUACAAGAAUAAAAAAUCAUCGUUUAAAUAAAAAUAGUAAUAAUAAUGAAAUUGAAACAAUGACAACAAAUUUAACAGACAGUGAUCGAAAACUUUUUAGACAAAAUCCCCAUAAAUGUCAAUCGAUAUCCGAUUGGUUAAUUGUACUUAUUCAAGCAAAAAAUAGAAAUGAAAUUCAAUUAAGCGAUUUAAAUAAAGGUACAAUGUAUAAAUUUCGCGUAGAAAAUUCAUCUGUUGCUAACAUAUGGUAUCAUCGUUUGAAAGAAUCAGCAUCACAUAAACAAAGAACAAAACCUGAAAAUUUAAUCGCACUUGAUUAA